UGUACAUUGGAAACAUUCUUCAGAUGCGAAAUAACGGGAGCAUCUAGUUUGACAUCAUUGCCUCGUUAUUACGUACACGUGAUGUCAGGUUGAAUGGAUAUAUUGUGUUUUUCGGUGGUAAAUAUCAACUAGAUCAAUAGUGGUUCGGUGAACUUAUUUGAAUGUUAUCAUGGCAACAAACCUGUCCUGAUGUAAGGAACAAUGUCCAGGAAGAGUGACAAGAGACGUACUGGCCUCCAAUGUGAGAACAAGAAGCUGGAGCGUGAGAUUGAGGAGCUGGAAGAUGCUCUACUGCUACACAAACACAUCCAUAACUCGGAGCAGACCAGCCUCCGGACCACUCUCAGGAAGGAGGUGGGCGGGUCGAGGUGGGAGCAUGGUGGGCAGGGCAGGUUGAGGACGUACAAGUCCAGCAAGGACCUGGAGGAGAGGUACAGUCUGGAGGAGGAGUCAGCGGUACCAGGGGACGUGUCAGCAGGGGUUGGGGGGAGGCAAGGAACUCCAGGUAAACAUGAGGAGAAGGAUUCACAGCUGGUCAAAGUUGGCAGUGUCGAUCGAAUGAGGUCAUCAGCCAGGCUGAAGAGGGAUAACCGAAAACAGAAGGAGCAACAAAAGACUUCUUCAAGACCUGUAUCAGGGAAAAUGUCAUCUAGUCAUCAACCAGCCAGAGGAAACUCUUCAAAGGAGUCUGUCUCUUCUGUUGCUACAAAACAGCCCACUGCAUCCAGGGCAAGGGAUGCUGUCUCAGAAGGGAAGCUAUUUCAGGAUGGUUCUGCAAAUGUAGAUGGCAAACUGUUUCCUACUGAUCCUCUGAAGAUUGAUAGUCUCAAACAUAAAGUUCUUCAGAAAGUCAGUGCUAACGUCAUCCACAGACCUGCCCCUCCAGACCCUCAGGAUGAUGUCAUGGUAGAGCAGGUGUUUGUUGACCACUUGUCAUCUCAGACUCCUGGUAACCAGGAGAUGAUGACUGGACCUAAAGCUGUUGCAUCUGAAAAGAGUGUGGUGAAUCCUUCAGGACAGGCCAGUAGACGUGCUAGAGAUUCCAGACAAGCUGCUCGAGCUCCCAUGGAGGAUUAUAUCAAUAUGGUUGCAGGCAGUAAUUCAAAGCCUUAUGAGACUCCUUUUAAAAAGACAAAAAGUGCUAAAGUUAGAAAUAAUACAGACUGCAAGGAGAUGAAGAAGAACAGACAAAACUUGAAGUAUGGUGUGGGUGGUAAAACUGAAGAGUCCAAAGCAACAAAGGAUGUGACUAAGUCUAAUUUUGAUGAGGUAAAGCUUGCUAUAAAUGACGUGGAGAGGGUGAAUAUGAAGGAUACUUCUGUGUCCUCAAAUCCAAAAUCGAGGGAGGUUCUGACAAGUGAUUACAGCUCAGAUCUUGAGACCUCUCCAGACCGAUGGGAUGAUCCUCAGUUUGGGGGAGCAUGUUUUGAGAGGGAUGCAUGGUUGGCCUCACUUCACAAAGCAGGUGAUGCUGGAGGAAGACCUCACUGUCCUCUACCAUCAGAUGACAUCUCAGACACUCCUGUUCUAGGAGGAUUGAUGGACUUGAAGAAUAGAGGUGUCAGUGUUUCUUUUAACGCACCAAAUGUUGCCAAUGGAUCUAUAGACACUUCAACAGGGAACAAGAUAGUAUGUCACCAGGAUGUUGUGACCUGGUUACAAGAUCUGGGAUUGAGGGACUGUAAUCGGUACAUCAAGGUGUUUGCUGAGAAUGAAAUUGAUAUGGAGACACUGAAGGAUUUAACAGCUGAACAGUUGAACCAGAUGGGUAUCACAGCUGUCGGACCCGUUAACAAGAUCCUUAGAUCUGUGUCAGCCCUCAAGUCAUCUUCUCCUUCAGCUAAUAUGACAGUGGAUGAAUUGCUCGCUGCUGUGGGGUCGACUCUGAAACAGAACCCCACAGAGAUGAUUGAUGAAGGAAGAGGGAGACUACAGAGGAAGAUGGGAAAGGAUGAAUUUGAUUUUUCUGUAUUCGCUGGGGAGGAAGGAAAGGAUGAGAUAAAGAAAAAACUCAGGGAACAGAAUGUGAAGAUUUUGUCUAUGGAACAGUCCGAAAGGGAAGUUUUCUUAGCAUCAGAAAAGAAAAGAACUGAUCCUGUUGUUGAGAAACAUGACUUGGAUAGGAAACCACCAGUGGACAGAAAAUCUUAUCUUGAAUCCCAGAAAGAUAUAAAACCGUCAUCAGUAGAUGAAUCAAAAGGAGUGACUCGUAAACAAAGGACUCCACUUCAAAGAAGCUCUUCUGCAUCACGUGUACAGUCUGAUAGGGAAAGGAGUUUAAGUAGUGAUGGUUCAACCAGGGGGAGACAACUCACACGUCAAAAGUCUGUGCAAUCUGUGCCUAAGAAGUUACCAAGUGGUAAGCAGACUGCUGCAAGAGAUGACAGUGCUGAUGGCAGAGCUAAAGUCGGAAGGGGCAAGUCUAGUAAGGGAAGACCUUUAGAGGUUCUAAAGAAACAAGCAGAAGCAGGGAUUUCUGCUGCAGCUCAGAAGCGAGAAGACAUUCAGACCAAGACAAAGAAGGAAACAUUGCAGCAACAGAGAAUGGAAGAGAGCAGACGUAAGAGGAGAGACAAGAUGGCCGCCAAGCACACUGGGAGAGGGAGACUGGACAGCAAGGGAUCAGUGCAGUUGUCAACCAGGCCUCAUGAGGCAGACCAAGACCCACUUGAAUUCUUCUCCUUACCACCUGAUCCAGGCAACAAGGAGACCAAUCAAAUCUCACCCCAGGACACCAUCAAUGAUAACUUCCCAAUCAGAGUGGAAGCAAGACCAAUUCCUACUUCGGUCUCUCCCAGGAAGGGAGACAACUCUACACCUGAAACUUCUCUGAGUGCCAGAGAGAAAAUUAAGAAUGUUGACUUAAUGAUAAGGGACCUGCAAAGAAAAUCUGUGGAUAAACAAAAACUUACCCUUGACAUUGUACGUGACCUUCAAAAACAGUUGGAGGAGAUUGAAAAGGGUUUGGCUUCCAGAACUAAUGACGAGCUGCAGCAGGUUCCGGAAGAGGUUUCUAGUCCAAAAUCUGACACCGACUCACAUAGACUCGGAACACUGCCAGAACGAUCUAGUCCCAGAGACAAUCCUGCUUCAGACAGAAGUGCCAAACAAAUGAAAAAAACGACUUCAGUUAAGAAGUCUGCAGUGAUAGAACCUUCUGGUGAUGUCUUACAUGACCUUGUAAAAGAACUUGUGCCUGUAAAAUAUAAAGGGAAAGAAGAUCCUGUGCAUGUGUUGACAAGUGCUAGUGUCAGUAAGCAAGGUCAGAGUUCAAGGUCAAAAAUGCCAUCUGGAGUUGCAUCCCUGUCAAUGAGCAAGAGGGAGUUGUUAGAUGAGAUCAGGAAAGAGAAGGAUGAUCACAGGAAGCAGAUCAGGCACCUCCAGUCAGAAUUGACCCGUCUGCAGCACAAUGACCCAGUCCGGAAGUCGGAACUGGACUACAAGGACCUUCAGUACCAGGAGGAAGAUCUGAUAGGUGAAGGAGCAUUCUCCCGAGUCUACCGAGCCCGCUAUCAGGGAGCUGACGUGGCAGUCAAACGUCUCAGAGUGCCGCUGUCAUCUCAGGACAAGAACUAUUUCGCUGCGGAGGUGAGCUUACUGCGUGACCUUCGACAUCCACGUGUCGUCAUGCUGAUUGGUGUUUGUACUUCACGACGUCUGCCGCUCAUGGUGCUGGAGUACAUGUGUAAAGGAAACCUCUUUGUUUUGCUGCACAAUCCUAACAGAGAGUCUCUUGACCAUGCUGAGUAUUACCAGAUAGCCCGAGACAUCGCUGCUGGGAUGGUGUAUCUUCACAACCAUCGACCGUCAGUGCUCCACCUUGAUCUCAAGUCCAUGAACGUCCUCAUUGGGACGGGAGAUCGAGCCAAGAUUGCUGACUUUGGCUUCUCAAAGCUCAAACAUGAAGCUGAUCAGAAUGCUGCCAAGGCCAGCAAGGUGAAGGAGCAGAUUCAAGGGUCACCAGCUUGGAUGGCCCCUGAACUACUGCAGGCAGGGGAGGUAACUCCCAAAGCAGACGUGUACAGUUUUGGGAUGAUUCUUUGGGAGAUGCUGACCAGGAAGAUUCCCUAUGAUGGGAGCUCAAUGUUCCAGAUCCUGGAGAAAGUGAGAUUGAACAAACGUCCAGAGAUUCCAAUGGAGUGUCCUGUGGAGCUAGCAGGGUUUAUAUCCAGGUGUUGGGACCACAAGCCAGCCCGGCGUCCGGUCUUCAAGGAGGUGUUGUCCACACUGGAGAGCCUUUCCUUCCCCCCUGACUGGAGAGCUCUGUUCCAGCAAGCUGGGGUUCCUCAGGAAGCUCUGGAAGACGUCCAGUCAACACGCAACAUCAUCUCACUCGUGACAUCGACUCUAGAGUCAACCAAGCUAGCCAGCCUCCUGGAUGUUACAGCUCAAGGUCAAGGUGAAUUGAGUGAUGUAUCAGAAUCUGGGUCAUCAGACAUUGAGGAAGACCUUGAUGAGUCGUCUGAUAUGAGUGAUGACAGUUUGGAGAGUGAAGAGAAAGACAACUCAGAUGAUAACACUCCUGUGUGUUCCAGAGUGACGUCUGCUCGUUCCAACCGGGAACACAAACAGGAGAUAUUGUCUUCUGGUCAAGAAGUGGCUUCUGUCUCCAGUUCUAGUUUAACAAAGAAAAUUGAGAAACUCAGUUUAGAAAGUGUUGAAGAUGAAUCUGAGGUGAGAGAUAGUGAUCAUGAUAAGAUACAAGUUUCAUCUCGGACUAAACCUACCCAGAUUGAUUUAAAAGCAACUUUGUUGCAAGAAAUAUCUAAAACAUCAACAUCAGAUUCCCCAAGGCAGAGAAGAAGAGACAAAGAUCAAGUUGAGUCAAGGAGAAAGAGACAGUCAUCCUCCCCAGAAAGUGCUGUGUCCAAAUUUUCUGAGUUACCCACACCUAGGAAGAGUCGAGAAGCAUGGAGUUUUGAGGACAUUCCAGCAGCUCCUACUUCUCCAGACUUCCCCCACAACCACAUCCCCCCACCUCCUGCUCCUCCACCUCCACCACCCCUCCCACCUCCGUCAAAUCCAGUCAAAGUCAAAUCAAGAAAGGAAGAUCAACAGCAUAACAAACUUCAAAAUGUUGUUCUUACUCCUCAAAUACUGGAAGCUCGGACUCAAAAACUUAAACCUUUAAAGAGAGACAGGGAUCAAAAGAAGGGGGCAGUCAGGCCGAGAAUCACUCCGAAGCCUGUGAGGAGUGCUAUGUUUGUUGUGGGUGCAUCAGAUCUACAGAAACAACGAGGCCGACUCAAACCAACACAACAGCCCCACCCGAACCAGUUGGAGGAUUUGGCCCAAGUCAACGGCAAGACCCUGUCCUCCAUUGCCGAGAUACUCAGAGAUGCCAUGUCAGAACGAAGGUUUGCAAUGGGUGAGGAUCUCUCAGCAAGUUGUGACCAUGCACAUUCUGACUUGAGCUGGUCCACUCAAGACGACUGAGGUAACCAUGGUAACGCACCACCUUUAAUCCGUGGACCAUUUCAUAAUGUGCCAUUAAUUCUACUGGAUGUCUUUGACAAUGACUGCACUCAUGAUUCAAUUGGCUAUGCCUGCUCCAGAUAAUACUGUUUGGUUACAUAUGAAACAACCAAUCGUUGUUUUAAUCUACGAUGAACAAAACCAGUUAUGAUACUCCCAAUUAUAUAUCAGGGGACUGAUUCUACUGCAUCCUCGAUAAUCUCCAGGGUAUAUGUUACGAUAAACCUCCACUAUACCCAGGAUGCAUCUACAGCUCUACAUAUACCCUGGAGAUUAUCGAGGAUGGUCGACUAUCGAUAAGUACUGUUACCAUGGAUACUAGCUGGUGCAUAAUUUAUCCUGUAUAACUCUGGAUGUUUCCAUGGCUAGAUGAACAGUGAUGGCAUAGCUUCAGGUUGUUUUCACCUGUGAUAAUGGACCAAUAUUACUCAAAUUAUUAGUUUUAUCAUAUUUUAUCUGAAGCACUAUAAAAGGACAUGGUCACUUUUCUCCACAAUGACUUACAGUACUAGAAUCUCCAGUGUGACUUGUGUUGUUAGAAUUUGUUGGCUUAGAUGGUUUCUAAAGCGCUUUUCUUGCCAAAUUUGCAGUGCUAUCCUCAAGGGAUUAAGUCUCUGAGACUGUUAUAAGUAAAUGCACAUCUAUGUGAAAUUGUUGUUACUUCUCUGGAUCAUAACUACUUUGAGGGACGGUGGGGUAGCCUAGUGGUUAAAGUGUUCACUCGUCUCGCCGAAGACCCGGGUUCGAUUCCCCACAUGGGUACAAUGUAUGAAGCCUAUUUCUGGUGUCCCCCGAUAUUGUUGAAAUAUUGCUAAAAGCCGUAUAAAACCAAACUCACUCACUCAUUGUUAAUGGCUUAAUAGUGAUCAGUAAAUCACUUCUUGCUGAUAUACUACACACAAAAGUUAAAUAACACCCACAACUGGAAGGCUGAAAAACAGAUCUGGUGUUCCCUAUCUUCCUUUGAGUAGAGUACAUGCUGCAUAAGGCAAGCUACUGUCCGUCAAGGUUGAUGUGAAAUGAUUUCAAUUUUUACAUUCACUUUUGAAGACUGUCAAAUUAUUAUUGUGGUUGUAUUCUUAGUUAGAGCUCAGGGCUUCCAUCAUGACUAUCAUGGAUUCCGUAUUGUGAAACACAAGUGUGAACUUUACACCAAUCUUAGGUCAAGUCGCUAAUAUUUGUAUUCAUCGAAUUAGAAAUACAAAAAUCUUUCUUGAAUGUUAUAAAGGUAUAUGUCACUCGUUUGAUAAAAAAAAAUGUAUUAUCCAAUAAUGCCCUAUAUUUUCUGUAUUGUGCAUGUCUUUAAGAGCAGGGAUCCAGAUAAAGUCCCAGCCAUUGUGUAUGUACUCAUAUUGCAUAUUAAUAGUUUUCUACAAGUAUUCAAUAUACUUUUAUUCUCUUGGGUUGAGUCUACUUGAUUUUGUCAACUGACAGUUGGACUGGUUUUUAAAUAGUUCUACUUGAAAGCUAUUUCAAGUAAUCUGUCUAUUUACACUAUAGCAUAGUAUUUAGUACGAAUUGAGUCACAUGACCUUAUAGGAGUGAUAUAGACAAUAACUUAUGAGUGACGGAUUAUCUAUACAAAGUGGAAUCAAGUUUGUAAGUCAAGAGCCUUUGUGAGUAGAUUAUUGUUUCUAUUCCCCAUUGUCAAAUUUCAACAAAUGGAACUGAAAAAUCUGUUGCAUUCAUCUUUGUUACAAUAAGUUCACUGUUGUUGACUUCAUAUAUAUACCCAAAGCCUGCUUUCAGUCAGGUGUGCAAGAUGAAAAGGCAACACUUGGUAAUUACACAACUGUUUGAUCAGAUGUCUUUAUGCAUAUUUGUACUACGCAAUCAGCUCAAAAUUAAUUUGUUUGUGGUGAUUUGAUUAUAAUAGUCCAUUUAUAUUGUGCAUUUAUGCACAUUGCAUGCUCAAAACGCUGACAUAUUAUGCAAAUAUUUAGCUUAUCUGGAACUCUUGAACAUGCUGAACAGCAAAAUAAGCAUGAAUAUGUACAAGAUUUUUCUAAUAAAGACUGAAGACACUUUCGUAAAAACAUCCGCAAGAAAUAUUGAUGAUCCUAUCCUUUUUUGUUUGUUAUAUCAAAUAGGAGUUGAAACUGAUUGUUUUCUUGUCAAGAGUACCAGUUUAUCAUAUGCAUUUUAUAUUUGUUGUGUGGUCUUCAGUUCAAACUGUUUAAAAUGUAUUUAUUAGGUUGUUUUAACCAAACUCUAGUCUUCUACGAUUUAUUUUUAUAGUGAAUCAGUAUACAGAAUCACUUGUUACUCUGGACAGUGUAUAAUUGUGCUUGUUUAGAUUAUCAUUCAUUAUCAGCAUUGGCUUCUCCUGUGUUGGGAGUUUUCUCAUUGUGAACUUUCAUGCUUACAAUUUUCAUAUUUUAGUAACCUUAACAAACGGUAUUUUAAAUUUGAAAUUGCUCAGAUGGCUCUUUGUGAUGUAACAUAAUUAUAGUAUUUAUGGCCUGUCAAUUUCUCUCAAAGGUUUUUUUAUGGCCAAUAUUUAUGUACUUAUGAACAAUUCAGCUAAUUGGAAAAGAUAGCAUGUCUUGUUUUAGUACUUCAGUUAGUCAUGUCUUUCUAUACAAAGUACCAUAAGGAUGAUUCAUCUGUAGAUCAGGUAACUUGUAGGUCUGAUAAAUCCUUCUAGAUAGUUUGAGAUUCAGUGUCAGCUUAGGAUACACAGCUGAUUGCAAUUAAAGGUGCAAAAUUAGACUUACUAUAUUUGCCAUAAUAUGUGCACCAGACACUUAGAAAACUGAGAGCAAAGAAUGCUUACUGACCUGAUACACAGGGAUCUAAUUUUGUUCUCCGAAGUUUCAGUAAUGAACAGUCUUUGUCCAUGUGUCAAAAACCCGACAGUUCCCAGGCGAUCAUAUACCCCUUCUACACACAUCUCCACAAAAUUGGUAAUAUUCACAAGUAAAAAUGGACGGUCAAGGUAAUUGUGGUUUUGUGCAGGGGCACUUAGAAAGAUUACAUACUGAUUGGUUUAGAGAUUUGUCUGGGGGCAUUAAAUGUGGUGAAUAUGGUUUGUCUUAUUGCUAAUGGGUUUUCAAACUGAGGUAGCCAGUUUAUCGUUUAAGAUUUUUAAAUAUUGCAAAUGUUUUAUUCAUUGUUAAACGAAGUUAUUGGUGCAUAACACUGAUUAGACAGGACAUCCCUGUAAAGAUGGAAAGACAAAUAUUCUUUGAACUUCUAUACUUCUCCGUAAUAAUUCUCUUACAAGUUCUUUUUCAAUAUGCUCAGCCCAUUUCUGGUGAUGUUGCUGUUAUCUUGCAAACAGCAACAAUAAAACACUCACUCAAAGCAUGUUCAGAGUAAACGGCAUGACGACAAACAUUGAUGUUAACAUUGUAAGCAGGUUCCUAUAUCAAGUGCAAAUAUAUUACCAUAUUCCGUCCUACGUUUUAUAUUCAAGAUGUUAAAUGGCAUUUUACCGUGUUUACUUUAUUGGGAUCAUUUAUAUACAUAGUUUCCGUCUUUUGGACUCACAGCUUUUAUCAGGGACACUGUGGGUUUCUUGCUACAUUGUUCGAAAUCCUCUUUCGAAUGCUGAAACCGUCUCUUUCAGAGUGUGCCUGUUGAAAGCUGGGAGCCUGAACAUAUAUGAAUGUAUUUAUUUGAAUUGCCCUGUGGAAAGAAUACACAGUGACAUCAAUCUAGUUUUGUUUUACAGAUGUCAGUUAGAAUGAACUCAAAUGCGUAUAGUCAUUGUUUACCCAAUAAUCUUCAAUAUCUGUUAAAAGGCAAACAGCUUCUUGUGUGUCUCAAAUUUUUAAUAAACCAAUAAACAAUGAA